CUCUCUUCCGUGUGCGUCUCUCUCCAGGAAAGGAUGCCACAGACGCCUCCCUUUGCAGCAAUGUUUGACAGCAGCAGCUACAACAGGAACCUGUAUCAGUCAAAAGAGGAUGGCUGUGGAGGACUCUACUACCACGAUAACAACCUCUUAUCAGGGUCUCUGGAAGCUCUGAUCCAGCACUUAGUGCCCAGUGUAGAUUAUUAUCCUGAUAGGACGUACAUCUUCACCUUCCUUCUCAGUUCACGCUUGUUCAUGCAUCCCUAUGAGCUUAUGGCCAAAGUUUGCCAUCUGUGCAUUGAGCAACAGAGACUGAGCGAGCCUGGCCAGGACAAGAACCGAAUACGAAAAAUUGCUCCCAAAAUCCUGCAGCUCUUGACGGAAUGGACAGAGACAUUUCCUUAUGAUUUUCGAGAUGAAAGAAUGAUGAGAAACUUAAAGGAGUUGGCACAAAGAAUAACCAGUGGUGAUGAGAUGUAUCGGAAGAACGUCCAGCAGCUCCUCCAGAACCUGCUUCGAAAGCUCGCGACUGUUAGCCAGUAUGAGGAAGUACUUGCAAAAAUCAAUGCAACGUCCACAGAUCGCCUCACAGUCUUAAAGACCAAGCCACAGUCCAUCCAGAGGGACAUAAUCACUGUCUGCAAUGAUCCCUACACGUUAGCUCAGCAGCUGACACACAUAGAGCUUGAGAGACUUAAUUAUAUUGGACCAGAAGAAUUUGUCCAGGCGUUUGUGCAAAAGGAUCCUUUGGAUAAUGACAAGAGCUGCUACGGAGAUCGAAAGAAGAGCCGUAACCUGGAAGCAUAUGUGGAAUGGUUUAACAGACUCAGUUACCUGGUUGCAACAGAAAUCUGUAUGCCUGUGAAAAAGAAGCACAGAGCAAGAGUGAUAGAGUAUUUCAUUGAUGUGGCACGGGAAUGUUUUAACAUUGGGAACUUUAACUCCUUAAUGGCUAUUAUUUCUGGCAUGAACAUGAGUCCUGUCUCUCGAUUAAAGAAAACAUGGGCAAAAGUGAAGACUGCCAAAUUUGAUAUUCUUGAGCAUCAGAUGGACCCUUCUAGCAAUUUUUAUAAUUACCGGACUGCUCUGCGUGGAGCCACCCAAAGAUCUUUGACAGCUCAUAGCAACAGAGAGAAGAUCGUGAUACCAUUCUUCAGCCUCUUGAUCAAAGAUAUUUACUUCCUCAACGAGGGUUGUGCCAAUCGUCUUCCAAAUGGUCAUGUCAAUUUUGAAAAGUUUUGGGAAUUGGCAAAACAAGUCAGUGAAUUUAUGUCAUGGAAGCAAGUGGAGUGUCCAUUUGAAAGGGAUCGGAAGAUUCUGCAGUAUUUGCUCACUGUCCCAGUCUUCAGUGAUGAUGCACUUUACUUGGCUUCCUAUGAGAGUGAAAGUCCUGAGAAUCACGUUGAGAAGGACAGAUGGAAGACUCUGAGAUCAACGCUUCUGGGCAGAGUCUAAUGCAUGGGAUGGCUGCUGCUUCUAAUGCUGUUCUCACCAAGGGGCAUGGUGUAGUUUAUGUUUUUGUGCACCGAGUGGCAUUCAAUGUGAUGAAUGAAAACUGUGCAGUCAGUUGAGAUAACUUGUCAACAAAGAUGAACAAGUUAACUCAAGAACAAACAGGCAGCUUCUCGUACCAGACAGAUGAGAUUAAAUCACAGCCCACUCUCAACUUCAGUAUUGAUUGAGGACAGCACUGACAGAAACCUUUGAAGAGCUCAGAUGCCGCCCGUGAAUCAUUCCACACCUGGAUGGAAUAUUUUUUCCCUUCUUCAUGCUGGAACUAGCUGCUACGGGGACUCUGCAGAGCUGAUAUGAUGUUAUAGAAGAGAAAAAAAAAUCACUGUACUUACAGUGGAAACCCAGGUCCGCAUUGACUUCCUGAUAAGCUGAAGAUAGCCAGGAACUCUGGUCAGGACUGCCAACAAGGGAAAGGACUGGACACAACAAAUUGGCUGCUGGGGAAAGUUUCUCUCCACCACUGUAACGGUGGCUAUUUUCUUUUUCCAUUAUGUUUUUGAGUUGGCUGCUGGCAGGCAAACUCAUCAUAAGUUAUUAAAAAAUAUGUUAAGUAUUAAAAAUUAAGACUGUGGUAGAACAAACACCUGCUAAAAAAAUGCAGUAGCUAUGUAGCGUGGACUAUUUUACAACUUACAGAGAGGUUUUUUCUUUCUUUCAGUUGUUUACAACUAACCACUACAUGCUACAGACAUUCUUGUUUUUACUAUACAGAUUUGUUACUCUAAUUUUCCAUAUUUGGCCUUCUUAUAUUAGGUCGAACAAUCUGACUUUUCUAGAAUGGUCUCUGAGAAACAGAUGUACAAACUAUGUUGACAUAUGAAAGUAUGUUUUUAAGUCAUUUUUAUAAUUGCAUUUUUUGGAAGGAUAACAAUGGAAUCCAAUUUGAUGGAGUUAGCAAGAUGCAAAAAAAAAAGAAGAAACAAAAAAACCAACAAGGCUUCUUCCCAAGUACAUCUGUGAACAAAGCAGUCUUGUUUGCUUUAUGGGUUACUGUUCUGUGAAGUAAUUCACUGUGUUACACACCUAAUAAGUUUGUAGUAGCUCUGAAUACGUAGCCACUCUAUUUAUGCUAGGAAAAACCAAGGGGGGGAAAGAAAUUGUAGCUGUAGAUCACCCUGGAUGCGAAAUCACUAAGUAUAAGCAGUACUUGGCAAAACAGGUAUUUGCAAUUAUCCUACCACUGUUAUUAAGAAAAAGAAUAAAGAUAUCUAUUUGUUGCACUGCA